CUGCGGCCCUCGCGAUUCCCACUGGCAGACCUUACGAAGUCAACUGAGAGCAUUGUAUACGUGUCCAUAUAAGGCGACCGAAGGUACAGGAAACACCGAGAUUGACUGCGACUCUCACAGCGUAUGGUGCAGCCUUACAGACCCUCCAGAAUCCUUGCAGAUCUCAAGCACGCGCCUUGUGCACACUCGUAGCAUGCACCGCCUCAUAAUGGAUCACGACGAGCAUGAGCACGUCCUGGAUCUCUCUGACGUUGUCCAUGACGAGCCGCUGGUCGACGACGACAUCCAGCACUUCUCCAGUUCUACAUCCGAAAGCAUGUCGCCUCGCUCGUCUGAACACUUCUCACCUGGAGGGCUUUCCCUCGACGCUGAGCUAGAAGCCUUGCACGACUCUGGCCCAGACGCCCAUUCUCAUGGUCACCUAUCCCUUUCUGGCCCAGGCGUUCCUUCUUUCUCCGUCGAACAGCUUGAACGCGAAAUUACGAGCCUUUUUGACCAGAAUACAUCAAGUAUCAACCUACCAGGAUUGGCUGCAGUCCUGCAGGCAGCACAUGCUCAGGCGGAAGAGAAGGAGCGUGCAGCUGAAGCACUAGCCGCCAGGAAUCCGGAGUUCGCGCGGUGUCGGGAGGAGGAAGAGCAUGUAAAGAACCGAACACGGACGGCACCCGCAUUCCACUCUCUGACCGCCGACGAGGACAUCCUCCUGACUGGCAGAAGCGGUUCUGCCAGCGGACACACGACGGACGGCUCUGAGUACUUGUAUGAUGAUGAAGGAGAAAGCGAGAGAGGGGAUGACGGACCAGACUCUGCGGUGAGACAUCCAUCGCCACUCAUUGCUCCAGACCCCAGCACAACAGGCGCGUCGUCUCCGAUCUCAGAGGACUACCCAAGCUUGAAUGACAUAUUCACCCACUAUACAAAUUUCGAUCGUGAUGAUGACGAUCCUGUCCGUGUGCAUGACGAGGAACUGGACGAUACACGCUCGUCUGUAGCGGACCAUAUCUCGUCUUUGCCACCCUACGAACGAUUCUCGCCACCCGCUUCAUCUGGCCCUGGUCCAUCUUACGGCGCUCUGAGGCACGAUACUUUGAGUCCAGAGCUCGAGCAGCCUGUCGCGUCGACGUCGUCGGGGCCGGGAACGGCUAGUGAAGGGGAAGAACCACCAGCCAAAAAGCCCAGGGAAAGAAGAAGGCGGGAGAAGGUGGUUCAGGUGCAUACCUGCGAGAAAUGUUCGAAGACAUUCACACGUCGGAGUGAUUUGCAACGGCACAAUCGCAUCCAUACCGGCGAGCGGCCGUUCAUUUGCCCAGAAGAUGGCUGUGGCAAGACAUUCAUACAG